UACCGCGGAGAUUGAUGAUUUGUAUCGAGUCUUCCUGGAGUAGGCAGUCGGCGAGGAUAUCUAUGAGAGAACCCAUCUGCUUUGAUGGAGAUACCCAGCAUGAUAAUAUCCUCUUUCCACAACCGAACUCAUCCUGGAGUCCACAGUCCGUUUAUGCCGCUUGCAGGAUAGAAACUUGAUUUCACCAGUGGAUGGGGUACCUCGGAUCCAAUAAAACCGCCUCAACAGAAGCUGAAAGUAAAAAAGGCCAUGGCGUGCGUGCUGUCCAUGUGCGCGCGCACCUACAAUGUCUCUACCUCGAAUGGUGUUUCUUCGCGACCGAACUCACCGUCUGUCCCAUUAAGCCUGGGGACGCCCAAUACUUCACAGGUCUCCUGACUAGCCGUUCACCCUAUAAGCAGCUUGUUUAUAGCUCGACAGCAUAUCGGACCAAGUAUGCUUUGACAACGAAUGACAGCUCUUUCAUUCAUGGGACUGUGUUCGUCCCGGAAGCUUCCGUUGCAGUUAUUUGGCCAUUCCUGACCUUACCAGCUGUUGUCCUCGUUCUCGGUUUUGCAUUCUUCUACACUACCAUGUUUCUGAACAAGAAAGGACAGGCCAGCUUAUGGAAAUCAUCGCUAUUACCACUCCUCUUUCAUGGCUGGCUAAAGACCUCCAUGAUGAUCAGCAUACUGCCAUUAGCCAGAUGGAGCAGCAAGCGCGGUCAAUCGAGGUCAAGUUGCCGUUUAUAGACAGCAAGCUGGCCAUCCAAUAACUUCCUACCUCCGAGUAUAUUUACUGUCUAUUAUUCUUAAUAUCUUCUUAAUUUUCAUACCUGGAAAGAGUUAUGUUAUGGCUAUUAAAUUGAUACUAC